UAGAAUUUUGCAAAAAUACGCCCACCUUGCUUUGCCAAUGUAGCCAUAUUGAAAGCAUGAAUGUCUCGGAAACCCAAUCCUCCCAUGGACUUUGGCUGCGUCAAUUUCUCCCGACUAAUCCAAUGUAUUUUAUUCUCCUUGUUUUGUUACUCCAAUAUCUCAAAUCAUUUUGCUAAUCUGAUUACAUAAAGAUCCGGGCGUAUGACUACUGCCCGGUGGCGGCUGCGACCGCGACCGAGACGCCACCCCGCGCGCGGUCGGUCACCCUCCUCCCUCCCUCCCUCCCCCGCUCGCUCGAACGCGCCACCUCCUCCCGUCUCCCUCGCGUCUCGGCUCCAUUGCGCGCCGCGGGUGGCAGCGAUCGCGCGCGGGGGAGCCCUAUAAGCCUAGCUCCCGGGGUGGGGCUGUUGCGAGGCGCCGAUGCAGGGCCAGGCGUACAGCCGCCUGGGGAGCUUCGGCGGGGCGCCGUCCCCCUCGCGGGCCGGCGCUGGCGUGGGAAGGCGGACGCCCGCGAAGGGAGGCUCGGCGAGGGGCGCCCCGGGGAGCACGGCGGCGGCCGGGUGGUGCGGCGUCGGCGCGGCGGGGAGGGCCGCGAGGGCGGUGCUCGCGGCGCUUCUGCGGAGGCAGGCAGUGUUCCUCUUCGCGCCGCUGCUGUACGUCGCCGCGAUGCUGCUGUACAUGGGCUCACUCCCGCUCGACGCUGUGCCUCGGAUCAUGGCGCGCCAGGCGCCCGGGUCGGUGUACCGCAGCCCGCAGCUGUACGCGCGACUCCGUGCCGACAUGGACGCAGACAACUCCACCGACGCGCUAGCAACUGUAUGGAGGCACACCUACAAAGGUGGCGCAUGGCGACCCUGCAUAAACAAUGGGACAAAUGGUUUGCCUGAAUCAAAUGGCUACAUAUAUGUUGAGGCAAAUGGCGGCUUAAAUCAACAAAGGACAUCGAUAUGCAAUGCAGUCGCUAUUGCUGGUUUUCUGAAUGCUACUCUUAUUAUCCCAAAUUUCAAUUUCCAUAGCAUUUGGAGGGAUCCUAGCAAAUUCAGGGAUAUUUAUGAUGAAGAUCAAUUUGUACAACGUCUGCAAAAUGAUGUUCGCAUAGUUGACAGAGUGCCUGACUUUAUAAUGGAGCGGUUCGGUCACAAUCUCAGCCAUGUAUUCAAUUUCAAGAUAAAGGCUUGGGCCCCUAUUCAAUACUACAAAGAUGUUGUUCUUCCUAAGUUAGUUGAGGAAAGAUUCAUCAGGAUUUCUCCUUUUGCCAACCGGCUCUCAUUUGACGCACCACCUGCUGUUCAACGGUUGAGAUGUUUGGCAAAUUUUGAAGCCUUAAAAUUUUCGGAGCCAAUUGCAUCUUUAUCUGAAACUUUAGUUACUCGAAUGAGAGAGACAAGCGUUGAAAGCAAUGGGAAAUAUAUCGCAGUGCAUCUUCGUUUUGAGGAGGAUAUGGUUGCCUUUUCAUGUUGUGUCUAUGAUGGUGGUGAUGAGGAGAGGAAGGAGAUGGAUGCAGCUAGAGAGAUAGGUUGGAGAGGGAAGUUUACUAAGAGAGGACGAGUAAUAAGGCCAGGAGUGAUAAGAAUGAAUGGAAAAUGUCCGCUUACACCUUUGGAGGUUGGAUUAAUGCUUCGUGGAAUGGGAUUCAGCAAUAAGACCGCAAUCUUUUUGGCGUCUGGAAAGAUUUACAGAGCUGAAAAGAGCAUGGCUCCUCUUCUUGAAAUGUUUCCUCUCCUACAGACAAAAGAAACUCUAGCAUCAGAAGAGGAACUUGCUCCAUUUAAGAAUUUCUCCUCAAGGAUGGCUGCUAUUGACUACAGUGUUUCUGCCCAAAGUGAAGUUUUUGUGACCACACAAGGUGGAAAUUUCCCUCAUUUCCUUAUGGGUCACAGGAGGUACUUGUAUGGUGGGCAUUCGAAAACAAUUAAACCAGACAAAAGAAGGCUAGCUGUACUCUUUGAUAAUCCACGUAUAGGAUGGAAGUCAUUGAAACGGCACUUACUUAAUAUGAGAGCACACAGUGAUGCCAAAGGGGUUGAAAUGAAAAGACCAAAUGAAUCCAUAUACACCUUUCCAUGUCCUGACUGCAUGUGCCGCUUGAACAGAACCGAACAUUCAAAACCCAGACACACCAGAUAGCAUCUCAUAGUGGCAUUCCAAUAGACUGACCUCAUUCUUUCAGGCAUGCGGUCCAAUUUGUUCAUUCUUCGUGUGCUGUGUAGCGUUUCAUUACUUCACCUGCAAAGCAUACCUGCCACAGCGUUACACAUCAAUCACUCCCUAGGGUGGCUGUUUUCCCUUGUAUAGAAUGUGCCAACGGGGAUACAACAGAUUCCCUAGAGUAUUAAAUUAUCCUGAUGCUAACAAUACAUCGACUCAUUUUGACCCUAAACAACAGAUCUAACACCUUCAGAGCUGCUAUCCAUUGUCAAUGAAGUAUCAACCCGUUUGGGGUAGUAGCGCCUCUUAUACAUGGCUCAUUAGCAGUCUGUCGUCAUGCACAGAUUUUGAAUGGAGACAGGCACUGUAAAUUUCAGUUCUCUUUUAUUUUUCAUCUUGUAACUCUCAGUGACACUCCUCUUCACAAUCUUAACAAUGGAAGUUGCCUGGUGGCACUUUGAGUCUUGCUUUGCCAUUAUAUAGCCAAGCUAUCAUCUUAUUGCAGUAGGUGCUCGGGAAGCUGUUUAUUAGUGAAUAUCUUUGUUUGGAAGAUCAUCCAGUGGCCAUGCCUGUGAGCUUCUGGUAAGGCGCAAACGUUUAACUGCAGAUCAUGGAAGAUUAGUACACGUCAGCUCAUGUAAUGCCACCUAGGAUUUUAGUGAUAUGGAGAGAGGAAGAUGGGAGAAAGAUGUCAUUGUUUCGCGAAGCAAUAGUCUUGUAAACUAAAAUUUAGAAUUAUAAGACUACUCAUGCAUUAUUGUACAAAUUAA